CUCUGAUAUCCGGGAGUCUGUCCGGGAGCAGCUCAGAGAUCACCUUCAUCCAGGGGAGCGCACCGGCGACCAGCCCGUCUGCUGCUGUUGCUGCUGCUGCUGCGCGCUUUUCUUUACUUGGAUAGGGGAAAAAUAGUAAAAAAAAACAACAAAAAGCAAAUAUCAACAGAUUUAAACAAAUUCAGUUUUUUUGUGUGUGUAAUAAUGCAGGAUCAAAGCGCUUUUUUCAGCCCUUUUUGCAGACCGCGAUGUCUGGCGGCGGCGGCUCCGGCUGGAAGAGCGAAACUAACUCAUCCAGGAAAAGCGAUUCUGGCAGGUGGAAUCGCCGGUGGAAUAGAGAUCUGCAUUACUUUCCCCACAGAGUAUGUGAAAACCCAGCUACAGCUGGAUGAGAAGGCCAACCCUCCGAAAUACAAAGGAAUAGGUGACUGCGUGAAGCAAACGGUGCAGAGUCACGGUGUUAAAGGACUGUAUCGAGGACUCAGCUCACUGCUGUAUGGAUCCAUACCAAAAUCUGCAGUCAGGUUUGGGAUGUUUGAGUACCUCAGUAACCGUGCGAAGGAUGAGAAUGGACGACUGGACAGCACCCGUGGCCUGCUCUGUGGGCUCGGAGCUGGUGUCAUGGAGGCAGUGCUUGUGGUCUGCCCCAUGGAAACUGUUAAGGUUAAAUUCAUUCACGACCAGACCUCAGCCAACCCCCAAUACAAGGGCUUCUUCCAUGGAGUCCGAGAAAUUGUCAGGUCUGAAGGACUAAGGGGGACAUAUCAGGGUCUGACUGCGACGGUUCUCAAACAAGGUUCCAACCAGGCUAUAAGGUUCUUUGUAAUGACGUCCUUGAAGAACUGGUACAAAGGUGAUGACCAAAACAAAUCUAUGAAUCCCAUGGUUACUGGGGCCUUUGGGGCUAUAGCAGGGGCAGCCAGUGUAUUUGGAAACACUCCUCUAGAUGUCAUCAAGACACGAAUGCAGGGCCUGGAAGCUCAUAAAUAUAAAAGCACAUUGGACUGUGCCUUGAAGAUCCUCAAAUAUGAGGGGCUGAAAGCUUUCUACAAGGGAACAGUUCCUCGGCUUGGUCGUGUGUGCCUGGAUGUAGCCAUUGUUUUCAUCAUCUACGAGGAAGUUGUGAAAGCCCUGAAUAUAGUCUGGAAGACAGAGUGAGCAGCAGGAAGUGCAAAGAAGAUGACACAGACACAGAGAGUUUGCAAGUUUGCUUCUGAAUCAGAAAACCAGCUUUUAAGAAGAUUUAGUAGAGAUUAAACUUAGGUCUGUGUUAUAUGUUGACCUCAAAGUCAAAAUACUGAUAGAAAGAGACUGCGGAAAGAGAAGGAGCCUGAGUGGAACCUUUACGCUCUACAUCAAGACUUCUGCCCGCCAAAGUAAAAUAAAAGGGUCCUUUAUAGUUUAUAAUGCAUAUAAGAAUAGAAAAAAAUCACUGUGAAGAAUAUCUUUUUUAUUUACUUCAGAUUUAUUUUAAGGUGAAACCACACAGACAUUUUAAAAGGUAUCUAUACUUUUCUUUCAACAUAUCCCAAUCAUAUUUAGGAUGAUGGUCAAGGUGAUCAAGGUUUACUACAAGAAUGAAGGUAUUAUUUUGGGCUUUCUUAAGUUACGGUAAGCUUUUUUUUCUCUCCAGUUUGCACCCAUAAACACUCAUGGGUAGAUCUUUAAUUAAUAUAAGUUUAUAUGCACAAAAUUCCAAUUAUUUUUAUACAGUAUUGUUGUUUUUAAAAGAAUUGCAGUGCAGUUUAAUGUAUAUGUUGAUUGUAUGCCAAAUAUCCAACCUUUAAGUUAAAACAUAAAAUAUUCAAAUCUUUUUAGAGAAAGAGAACAUAUAAUAAAAUCAUUAUUAUUUUUUAUUUAAAGAGUAUUUAAACGAAAGGUAUUUACUGAAAACUAAAAGAUAGAUUAAUUACAGACCAGUUGCUGUUAAUGAGUGCCAAAUGUUUUAAACCUGUCGUACAUUUCUGUGUGAUUAAGCCUUCUGAUUAAAUUUGUUGGAUUUAUCUGAAUAAAAACAAACAUCUCUGCUCAGUUAUUGCUGUUACUUUAAAACUGAACCCCUGCAGUAGUCACAGUUCCCUCCUCCUUUCAAAUAUUGGCAGCCCUGGUGAAGAUAAGUAAAAAGCCUUAUAUGUAUUCAUCUUUUGUCUCUUAAUAUUUAUUUCACAAUCUCAUAUUGGAUAUACUUUAAAUUGUCCAACCUUCAGUUUUAGUUUUAACUAAAGCAUGUUUGUUUCUUUUUAUAUGACAACAUAAGUUUAAAUUAAAUUGGGUGUAAAAGUAUGAUCCCGUGGAUGAUUUCUUGUAGCUACUCUUAAAAAUGGGAAAGGCUAGAGAAGACACCGUGGAAAUUCCAAAGGUUCACGCUGAUUUGUAUCAGUCUAAAAAUGGCAAAUGAUCAAUUUUAGAUAAGCAUCCGUGAAAAACAAAGUCGAAUGAGAACCUUACGGUCUAUUUAAGACUUUUAGAAACAUUUUAACUGGGGAUGCCAUUAACAGUGGAAAGUUUUUUUUAUAGGCCCUUGGUUUUAGCCAGAGGUUAUCUCUAUUGAUUGUGGUGUUUACAUCAACAGGUCAUAA